CGCCGGAGCAGCAGCAAAUAGCAAGCAGGCGCCGGAAAUAGCCGCUAAACUUGAGCCGCCGUGGUCCCCGAAAAAAGCAGCGAGAAUGGCAGUGUUCACUCAGACGCUGUGGUCGAUGCAGCAACAGUCAAUCUACCAGCAGGAGUCGCUUUACCUCAGCCAAAUGGGCGCCGCCGACAACCACCUCGUCCAGCAGGCCAACGCCACCGCGCUCGUCUCAGUCGAGUUUGAGGUCUUCGGACAGGUCCAAGGUGUGUACUUCACCAAGUACUGCAGGGACAUGUGCACGCAACUGGGCAUCGGCGGAUGGGUGAAGAACAGCAAAAAGGGCACCAUCGUCGGCAAGAUGCAGGGCGAGAAGAUCAGGGUGGACCAAAUGAUUGAGUGGCUGUCGAAAACCGGAAGUCCCGGCUGCAAGAUCGAGCAUUGCGACCUGGCCAACUGGGAGUUCCUCUCUAGACAAGAGUUCAGGAACUUCAGCAUCAGAUUCUAAAGAAAUAUCUCACCUCAGCUGCUAAAAACGUAUUUCUUUGACUUUCCAAUAAAAAAGAGAGCCGCGCGACCCACUGACGAGAUUCACGUGCGCUCAUCCAAAAUUUCGCGCCUUUUCGACAGUUUGAAAAUUUGAAAUUGAUUUAUUUCCGCUGGAUUUGCGUUCUGAAAAAGAUGUUCAGCUUAUAUUAGAUAGAAUAAAUUUUAACUGCUGGCAGAUAAUUUUGGUUGAAAUCGAAACGGAUUUUUUGUCCAAUGCACUUUUGUGUAUUUCAAGAAUUAUAUUCACUCUGUUAUCUGCUUAUUCUAUUUUGUUUAGGUGUGAUGAUUACUGUGUAAUGAACAAAUACAUUUUAAAUAAUAAUGCUCUUGCGUGAAUGCUGCACCAGACGGUUUGCACAGUUUGUGCGAAGUUGGUCUGGAAUUUUGGAUGGCGAUGCCAGAGUGAAAGAGACGAGCUGUUGUUGAAAAAAAAGAAAUAAAAUGCUUCGUACACGUUUUCUA